CGAGGGGAGGGGUGACCGUGAAGGGAAGGAAUGGUGGCAUGGGAAAGGUGGGAACCCUCUUGGCCAGGGCUGGAAUGCCUUUCCCAGGGGUGCGGGGCGUGGGGAUCCCGGUGGCAGCACGCAGGGAAACGGGUCCGUCCCCACGGGAACGGCACUUCCUGCGAGGAAAUGGGCUGGGAAGCGCCGGGAUCCGGCGGGAACAGUGCGGUCCCAGAUGGCCCUGCUGCGGUGCCUGGGAAGCCCCGCUGAGUCUCCUGGCAUGAGGUGGCUUUGGCUUUGGGUCGUGGCUUUGGUGGCACCUGCCUGCACCGUCCCCUACAACGGCACGGCAGGGAGCACUGGGCAUGGGGACAACGGGAACAGAGGCCCCUGCACCCCUCAGCACGGGCCCCUGGGCACCGAGGUGCUGCUGCCGUGCCCAGGGGGUGCGGCCGAGUGGCGCCGGGGGGGCACUGUCCUGGGCAUGUCCCCUGCCCCGGGGCUGGCCCUGCCCAAUGCCAGCCUGGCCCACGAGGGCCACUACAGCUGCCACCACCCUGUCACCGGCGAGACCUGGGCCACCAUCUGCCUGCGGCUGGGCUACCCACCCCCGCAACCGGCCAUUGAGUGCUGGGCCACCAGCUACCCCCAGGCUGUGAACUGCUCCUGGGGGCUGAGCCCCGACCCCCUGCUGGACACCGAAUUCGUGGCCACCUACAGGCACGGCACAGACACAGGUGAGUGCACCCUCACGGGCCCACGGAGCUGCUCCUUUGGGGACCUGCAGGUGUUUUCCCUCACUCCCUACGAGCUCAACGUGACGGCCCGGAACCCCCUGGGAGCUGCCUCCGGAAUCCUGCCCUUCCUCCUGGAGAACAUCAUAAAGCCAGACCCCCCCGAGGCCCUGCAGGUCUCUCCCAUCCCUGGGGAGCCCCAGAAGCUGCUGCUGGAGUGGAGCCCUCCAUCAUCCUGGCCCUUUCCAGAGUAUUUCCCGCUCCAGUACCACAUCCGCUAUUCCCGGGACAACGACUCCAUCCCCACCACGGUGGGGCCAUACAAGCUGACAUCCCACACCCUGACGGACCUGGAGCCUGGGACCCUCCACCACGUCCAGGUGGCCACCAAGGACCUCGCGGAUUCCGGGGAAUUCAGCGCCUGGAGCCCGCCGGCCUCGGGGACACCCUGGGUGGGGCCGUGACCAGCAGGACAGGGCCGCUGUCCCUGUCCCGAGCCUGCUCCCAUCCCUUGUCCCACCCCAGCCGCGCAGAGCCACGAGUGCUGCCAGGAAUGGGCAAUAAACCGGCUUGAGGCUCCGUCCCUGUCCUAA